UGAGGUGGGUGAGGUGGGGUAGGAGCCUUGGGAGCACUCUGGUAGUGGAGCUCUACACUACAUACCUACCUAGGUAAGUAAGUACAGUACGUAGUAGGUACCUAACGGAGAAGAUACCUACCUAGGUAGGUACCAUACUUCAGCUGAAUGUGACGCCAUUUUCUCUCUGUAGCCUCGACUCGAAGCUUUUAGAGCUCCGACUUUUGCUUGCCCAACUGCCAAUGAUCACCAAGCCCCCCUACAGGUAACAUGCCUCCCAGGUUGCCUGCCCAAUUGAGGCUGUAUGGACACCAGGGAGUUAUACACAAGAGAUAUGCACACCCCCAAAGACAAUCGACUUGUUGCUUUUGUUUGUUCUCCGAUCCCAGCCGACAGCGGGCUGCGCGAUACCCGAAAAGACCGUCACUCGCCCGUUCACGGCGCUGUGGGACAACCAUUGCCACAACCCCUAUUGACGCACAGCCAGACCCUCGCAAGGAACUCGAGUCGAUACUCCUAGACCUGCAGAAGUACGCCGCGAGUCAUGUUAACCUCCCCCGUCUCCAGCUCGCCCUCAAUGGACUGCGACAGCAGCCGGGGAACGAAUCGAUACGUGUCGCAAUACUUGGUCUGACCGACGGGUCCUCCCCGCCCAACAUAGCAAGAGAUGUACUGAAACUCUUGCUGGCGGAUCCUCUGAAAGACCUCGAGCCUUGGGAGCAGGAGAUCGACCAACACGAUCUCGUAGAGCCUGUCAUAAUUCGCAUUGGUGCGGAGAAUCACGGAACCAAAUCGGGCAUUUCACUCACUAAGGAAACUCUAUUGAGAGAGAUUCACGUAUCAUCCGCCACUUUAAAUGGACAUAAUCUUGAAAUUUUGCUUGCGCCUACGAAGCCUUUCUCUCGCGCGGUAGAUAACGGCGCAUCAGGGGGGCUUGAAGAUACGGUGCUGGUUCCAACUGUGGAUAUCCCGACGUCGAAUGAUGGACGAUAUAGCUCUAUAGCUACACCUGUUCAUAAGGCGUUAGUUGUCGCCGACGGAAUUCGUGGUGCAGCAUCUAUAUUGACAAUGCCGGCUCCAGAAAACUCCAUGUUGCUUGAAUACGCCGUCAAUAUGCCUGAAUACAGGCCCACCGAAACAGGGGGGUUGCCAAUUAUUGCCAUUGACGCCAGUAUCGCAAAUGUUGGAUUAAGCUUAGUGCGCAAAAACAUUGGCAAUGCUAUCGAGUAUGAACACUUAUGGUUUCAGAGCAAUAUUCCUAAACUGGCGGAUUGGUUGAAAAAUGAUAUUCUCGCGGCACCCAACAACGUAACAAAACCACCAGUUCGAGAACAUAUUGCUUCAUUCCUCAGAAAGACGUCAGAUUCUAUACGAGCAGAGAAUAGAGGAACCCUCGAGCUUUCUGCAAAUUCUACCAACGCAAGUGAAUCUUUACGUAGCAUCGAGAAGGGCUUGUCUGAGUGGGCUGAGAGCGCCCACUCUGAGCUACAGGAGCAACUAGAUGUUGCCUUUUCCAGCAGACGAUGGCGGAAGCUAGGCUGGUGGAAGUUAUUCUGGCGCGUGGAUGAUGUGAAUAUGCUCACAAGUGAAAUUCUGGCCCAGAAAUUCCUACCCCAGGCCGAAAGGAGUUCAAUCUUCCUAGCUGGUCAGAUGAGACAAGCAGGGAUCGAUUUGUUCAAACGCCCUCAAGUGUCAACUCACUCCUACGUGACAGCCAUUACUGACGAUAAGCCUGAGAACACAGUCUCAACUUCGCAGGCCGUUGAGGCCUCAAAACAACAAAAUAUGUGGCCGACGAAUAUUCCAAAAACCCGUGUGUACUUGCAAACAGAAACAGUGCCGGGUCUACAGGCACUUGCUCAGAAGCUAGUCCUGCAAACUCUCACCACCUCGGGAUUAACAACUGCACUGGGCGCCCUAGUAUACAUUGGCACUCUCACGACGACACUGUAUGAGGCGGGUGCUGUUGCCGCACUUGGGAUUGUAUGGAGUAUGAGAAGAAUGCAGCAGCAGUGGGAGACAGCUCGGCAGUUUUGGGAGGGUGAAGUUAGAGAAGAAGGUCGAAAAGCAGUGAAGGGUGUUGAAGAAACCAUGGCUUCUGCUCUCAACGAAAGCUUGAGCGGGAAGCAACAGAGGGAUGCCGGCGAUGCACACGAGAACCUGAACAGAGCUAACGAUUUGAUCAUGAGAGCGGGGAAGUUAUUAAAGGAGUUAAAGUAGAGCGCCACGCAUUACGUACCGUGGCAUGUACCUAUGUAUAUAGCAAAUGUAUUAUUACGAAGUGUAAAUAUACUAUGAUAGCUAUGUUGGUAAAACGUGAAGGUACCUGAUAGGGUGAAAUAGCUACACAAUAUGGGUUCAACUUUCAUAGCAAUCAACAGAACGUGCGUUCCGUAGGUACUUGAAAAACUGUUACUGCCCUGACUUUCGGACACAGGGCGUUUAGACUGGAUUUCUUCGCGUUCCUUUCUUUUUCCUCCAUCGUCUCAACCUAUCAGCUCUCUUCUCUCCAAUUCCUGCACAGACGAUUCCAAACAACUCCAUCCCAACAACAAUCGCACCUAUAUCAUCAGUACGUACUUCGCUUUCUGGAUUCAGUCUCUGCCCAAGGGUAAGUAUAACUUGGGACUCUGAAUUGACAUGGCUUUUAUGAUUCCUCUUACAUCUGCCCUCCCAACCAAAGCACGAAGUUCUAGCCUUACUUGCGCUUCCCUACCAUCUCAACAACCUCGUCUUCCAUCAACAACUAGUAGCACUACCUGACUUUGUCACAGCUCACAGUUCAAACCGCAAAUUUAUCAGCCUCACCAGCUGUGGCAUCUGUCAUUACAAAAGAAGGUAAACAACUUUUUUCCC